UUUUCUGACAGUUUGUUUUGUUUGCUCUCGAGGUAAUUGAAGCAUUCAAAAAAACUCCGAGAGUUCAAAGGUUGUCGACUAUAGCCUAAUUUUCAAUUUUUCCAACCUUUUCUUUCCCUCGAUCUCAAGCCCCAAUCAACUCACAUCACCUGCCUCCCCUUUACCGCUCAACUGUUGGCACAAGUCAGGCAUCAAAUCACCAGCCUUCACGCUGCCACCCGCCACAAGCAAAACAAAAAAGGGGAGGGGCCAGCAUAUAUAUAUAUAUAUAUAUAAAACACCGCCCGCCCUUGCGUCACCCCAUCUCUCGCCCAUGAUCUCCCUCCCACAGCUGAUCGCCCUGUGCGUGGCGGCCAUGUUCGCCUACGACCCCGUGGCGCGGAUGCUCGGGUUCGGCGGAGAACAGCAGUCGUCGUCGUCGGCAUCGUCACAGUAUACUUCACCGAGGAGUCGUUACCACCACCGUCCGAACCUCACCGAGGCGCUGCACGCCCUCGAGGACGUCGUCAACGGUACUAGGGUCGGCACCGGCGUGACUGGCUUGCGGUGCGAGCCGGACUCGCUCGCCGUGCACGUCUUUUCCCGGCAGCCGUUGGUGCUGUACGUUGAGAAUUUUUUGUCAGGGAAUGAGAGGAGGCAUUUGCUUGAGAUUAGCGAACCGAUUUACACCCCCUCCACAGUGACAGACGACGCCGGACCUCGGCGGGACAAGUCGAUCCGCGACUCGGAAGUGGCACUGAUCCCCCGCACCGACACGGUGAGGUGCAUCGAGGCCCGGGCCAGGAGCCUCCAGGGCUGGCGCGACGAGACGUGGAUCGAGCGGCUCCGGGUCCAGCGCUACCACGUCGGUGGCCACUACGGGCAUCAUUUCGACUGGAUGGAACCACGCAUGGGCUACGCGCGCGUCAGCAGCAUCAUGGCCUGGGUCGGCGACGGAGACGGCUCGCUUGUUGGCGGGGGCACCGAGUUCCCGCUGCUGCGGAGGCCGAGCUCGGACGACCGGUGGUGCAGGUUCGUCGUGGGCUGCGGCGGGGAUGCCGACAAGGAGGACCAAGAGCGGCAAGGAGGGGUCGUAUUCAAGCCCAUCGUCGGCAACGCUGUCUUUUGGGAAAACUUCAACCCGCAUACCGGGCCCGAUGGCAUAGUCAGGGGCUAUGAGGAAUCGUGGCACGCUGGGUUGCCGGUCGAGCGCGGCGUCAAAGUCGGGUUGAACAUUUGGAGCUACGGUAGGGUAGAUUGAUACAUCCGGUGGACUUGGGGUGGACUUGAUAUGAUUGUAUCGUACCCAUUGAAUGAUAUGGAGCAAAUUUAGUCGGUUGUAGAGAUGGUGAGAAAUGAGGGUGUGUUUGCGACUAGGUUAAUGAUCAGGUAAGGUAUAUUG